UUGUUUACCAGUAAACUUCAUGGAGUAUCAUUUGAAUGUUUUUUUCUUCCCAUUUGUUUGUUAAUUAAAAACACCUUUACUAUAAAGGAAACACGAAAAUGAAAGACCACUGCCAAGGAUUCAUCGAUGUACUCAAAUAUCAGUUUCUUUGUUGUCAUCCCUUGCAUUGCAUUGAUUGGGAGGCAAUACCACUGGACCUUACCUGGGAGCAGCAACUGCAGCUGAUAGAGCAUACAUUUUUGCAUCCUCUUAAUCAAAAAUAUCCAAUUAAAAUCGGCUAUCAACUGAAUUUCCUCAAACAGCUGCUGCAGCAAUUGGAAAAAAGAUAUGACGAAGUGCAUGACAGCGUAUAUGAAAGUUACUGUGCUGUACAGCUCCGUGUUGCGCAGGAUGCAACGGAGAAAUAUGCUUACAAGCAUUACUUACAGCCAGCACUGAGCGUCGCUCUCACACUACGUGAAUCCAAAAGCUUUGUGGCGGCGGGCACAACAGGACUAUGCAGUUGGCAAGCUUCGAUUGCAUUAGCUGAUUAUUUAGUGCAAAAUAGCGAUAUAGUGCGCGAAAAAUGCAUUCUCGAAUUGGGUGCCGGCACUGGUUUAUGUGGAAUGAUUUUGGCACAGUGUUGUGAGGUGCGACAUUUAUUACUAACCGAUGGUAGCCGCGAAUGCGUUGAACUGAUGAAGGAGAACGUGCGCCGAAAUUUCGCAGAAGCUAUAGAAACAAGUAAUGGCAGCUAUGUAAUAAACGACAAAUUGCUGAAUUUGUGCGAGCUGGAAUGGGGUGGUAUCGAGCAAAUGGAAUGGCCAAGCGCAUUCAAAACGGAUGUAAUAUUAGCAGCAGAUGUUGUGUAUGACGACACAGUAUUCGAUUCCUUAACAUAUGCCAUUGACUAUGUGUUUAAGGUGAAGAAAGAUGUCUGCGAGAUGUUGCUUGCGGCAACAGUGAGAAAUGAGCACACGCUGCAAAAGUUUCUCAAUAUGCUAGAUUCAUUGCACUUCCAAUAUGCCGAGAGGGAGGUGAUACCUUUGGAUAGGUGCAAUUUUUACUGGGAUCGUACGACACCUGUCAAAAUAUUCCAUAUAACGCGCCAAAGCUAGCCGCUAUAGAGUAGGCAGUUAACGCUUCAUUUAACUCUUCGUUGUGUACCCGGGUCUUGCCAGACUUGUUCGAGUUUGGACGUAAAUUUAAAAUAUUUCUAUUAUAGCUGGUCACUUGAGCUUCCAGGUAGCUGACUAAAAUUUAAUUUUCUAUCGAUUUACUUGUGUAACCUUUUAAAAAGAAUCCUCGAACAGGACGAAAAAAGGUCAGAUCCGGGUGCCCAACCGAAGUUUUUAAAAAAGGCGUCCAACGGGUGGCUAAAACUAGCAUUUAUUUAUUUAAAAAAUAUGAUUUAUUUCAAUAAUUAAAUAGGCCUUAACAAAACUAAGUAUAAAUUCAUGUCAUAAUAUAUUUUAACGUUUAUAAUGUAAUGAACUCAAUAGUGGGCAUGCGCACUUAUCGUUGGAAUAGAUCCAUCCUGCAGGCACGUCACAUCCAGUUGCUCAAUCUCAUGCUGCUUAAAGAUUAUGCCUAGUAAAUCGUAUUGUAUUUCGAAGAGUGUCAUGCAAUGCGUACGCGGCACUUUUACGCCCACCACGAGCGCAACCAGCGCCGUGAUUAUGAGGUACACAAAUCCCUGCGCCAUUAUUGUACUUUCGUCCGUUGCGUAGAAAAAGGAAUUUUUAGAAUUCGACACAAAAUAAUAAUACACCACACCGGUGCUAAUCAAUUUGGCCAAAUAAGACACAAAGAAAAGCAACUCAGUAAAGCGGAAAUGUGUAACUUCCACAAGUGAAAUUUGUAAAUUUGAAAACGACAGGCCGAAGAAGAAUAGUAUAAACCAUAACGGUACUGUCGUAUCCACUGAACUGCAAAUGAUCAUACUCAAAAUACAGAGUAUAAUAAGGCAAAUCUCAUUGGCUACAAAUGUGACUUUCACACUGAAGAACACCACAAUCAGAACGCACACAGCUGAACCGGCGAAAACCACCCACAGCAUUGCAUCCACAUUGUCCACGGCAGUCAGGCGUAUAGCUGGAUUCAAUACAAACCAAAAAAUAAAGUACACAAAGAGCGCAUACUGUAUAGCUUCGGUGAAGAGCACCACCAAAGUGACGUUCCACUGUUGAUUCUUGGUAACAUAAAGAAACUUGACACGUUUAAUGAUGUCCUUGCGUUUGUCAAAAAUGCUGCCAUUCGAAUUCGCGAUACGAAAUUCGUUAUCCAAAAUAUUUUGACAAUCAACGAUGCCCAAAUAGUCCAUCACCUUCAAACCUAUAAGCACAGCUAAAAUCACAAUGGAAAUCGCAAGGUAGACACCAGCAAAAGGUACAUAAAGCCCAUCCGGUACUUUGGCAGUUGUUACAUCGACAUUUUCGUUCGAUUGCGUGUAGCUGGUGCCGAUAAGGCUGACGGCCAACGCAGUGCCAAGCAGAAAGAUGGAAAAUGCAAGCGUCAGCAUUAUAGAACGGCUGCGCUUAUGGAGUGUGGUGUGCAAGAAACUCAAGCCAGCUAUGUAAUUUAAACUGUACGCGAGGUAUGAGAUGAAUGCGCCGGCAGUAUCUGAAAAGAUAUCAAAAAACCAGUAGGUAAAUAUCAAUGUUCAUAUGUAAAUAUAUGAAUGUAUGUAUGUGCGUAUGUGCAUGUAAAAACGUAGAUAAAGAGGAUUAUUGCUAUCUAAUUUCAAUAAAAAGCUACGCGCCAGUAAAUUUUUUUUUGCUCAAACUGAUAUGGCUGAAAUUGAACAACUGAUGAAAAUAAAUAAAACUGUGCUAUCCAGAAUA